AUGGUAUCCCCACUCUCGGUCCCAAGAGUAUCUACGAACAGGUGUUAUUCAAAACCAUCGACUGCAGAGCUUGCCCAAACUGGAGUUUCUGAGAGCAUUCUUGAACAUGAAGAUCCUUUUAAAGAAUCUCGAGCUUUGGCUCGUAGAUAUGCGAAGGAACAUGGCUAUGAUCUAACAUCCAUAUGGGAGGAGAAUAUCUCAUGGGGACAUUUGGACUCGUUUAGACAUCUAAAUAACGUGAAUUAUGUUCGAUUCUUCGAAACGUCAAGGAUGCACAUGAUGUAUUUAAUAGGCCUUGAAACCAAUGGUGCUAAAGGAGCCAAAGCUGUAUUAGAGGGACAUGGGGUAUCUAUCAUAUUGAAAUCUAUCGAUGUAAAAUUCAAGCGCCCAGUCACAUAUCCGGAUAAUUUGGUCAUUAUGCAACGUCCCCACAACACAUCUUCGUCUAGGUUCACUUUGUCAGCUGUCGCAUACUCGCUGGCUCAACGGGCACCAGUUGCGAGCAGCGAGGCCAUUUGCGUCUGGUAUGAUUACGACGUGUGGAAAAAAUGCGAUGUUGAUGAGAGCACUGGUAUUGGGUUAGCCAUCGCUAAGCGAGGACACAGCCCGGUAGGCAAGGACUAA